CUGCACUAGCAGAAGGGCUGGUCGACCUCCACAAACUCGUCCGGGAACGGCUGCCUAGCUGCGUAGACCGAGCAGGUUACACGUGUGUAGCGUUCAUAUAAGCUGAACAUGGCUGCAAGCAUGCUGCGGUUCACGAUGUGCCGAGGUACAUCUCUCGGUACUUUUCAAGCACGAGCCUUCUUUUCGACCGUGGCGAAGAAGCAGCUGCCCAUGGUUUCGUCGACGCCUCAGCAACUGGCCCUGUAUAAGCCUCAGGUCACGACGGUUCGGCUGGCUUCCGCAGACACGAACUACGUAAAGAUCUGGAAGGCGGAGCGUAUCCUCGCCGUGUCUAUGAUCGCUAUCGUUCCUGGAGCGUUUAUGUUCCCCAGUCCAGUGAUGGAUUGCCUGCUCGCAAUAUCUACCACCAUGCACAUGCACUGGGGAAUCGAAACAAUCGUGGUGGACUAUGUUCGACCUGCUCUGUUCGGCAACUUGAUCCCCAAGGUUGCAGUUGGAGCCGUUUACGCGCUCUCCAUUGCUGCACUCACGGGUCUUUUUUACUUCAACUUCACGGAUGUGGGUAUUGUCAAAGCCAUUCAGAUGCUCUGGACCGUGUGAUCAACUAACUAGGCACGAACAGCAUGCAGUUUUUUUUUCUGACAAAUAAAUGCAGUCGAGAUGUUCAGCGAUGUCUUGUUUCGACUAAUGCAUUAGUUACAUCAACCGAAUGCUUAAGAAUGUUUUUAUUUUGCUUAGUUGUAUAUAUGGUUAAGAGCUGUGCUUUGGCUGCUGAAAUAAAUUUGAACACUGAUACUUGGAAGG